AUGAACACGCUUUCAUUCACUACCACCUUCCUUCUUUUUUUAUGGACCUUGAUGGUUCAUGCUCAACAAGCACCUGGUAACACUGGUUGUACAGAAUACACAGGUUCAAUUUGCUCGAAAUAUGUGGAUUAUUCGGUCUAUACCGCUGGCAUGGAUAUCAACAUGAUUGAACAACAACUCAGCAACCUCCAAACACUUAAUGCAACUCUCGGCGAAAUCGAUCCCACUUGCGUUGACAACUACUUUCGCUACGCAUGCUCGUUUUAUUACCCCAAAUGUGGAGAGUCUACAGCUGAACAGCAAGAAGUGUGGAUGGGAUGCACAACGUCUUGUCUUGAAGUCAACGAAACAUGUAGCAACAUUUUCACCUUGACAGGACAAAUGUCACUUAUUCCCGAUUGCAAUGCAAAAUCGCCUAUCACUGAUUCGACUCUUCAACCUGAUCAAAGUUGUAAUUAUCUCAACUCUACAGUCACCAAGGACCAAGCGGGUCUUCACCUUGCUGCUGUGCCACCUGGCUUUGUGCUCGCCGAAUGUCCCUCCCCUUUCAUCCGCGACCCAAAGGCUAAAAACGGCACCACCGAUACGGAAAAUGCGGCCUUUUGCCGAUUUGGAUGCUGCAUGCCAUGUCCAGCUCAAGAUCUGUUCUUUAAUGAAGGUUGGACCAAGCAUGGUUUCCUCGCAACCAAUGUUGUUCGUUUUGUAUCAGCAGUCGCGUCAUUCGUUAUUUUGGUCAGCUAUUUAGUACUUCCCGACAAAAGGAGACAUCCUUCGCUGCUGAUUUUGAACUUUGCAUUGGCCAUCUUUUUGUUCAGCAUGGUGGUCUUUUUUUCGAUUGGUGAUACGAAACGAUUGCAAUGUUCAGGAGAUAUCAAUCCUGCCGAUAUGGACAAUAAUGCCUUGUGCGGUGCACAGGGUGCUAUUUUGAUCUUUUCCUCCUUGGCAACGGUAUUAUGGUGUGCUGCAUUGAUCAUCAACCUCCAUAUGCACACCGUAUGGAACUCGAGCUUUUUUGCAAACAAGUACAUUUUCUUGCACGUGUUUUGUUGGGGUGUGCCUGCCGCAUUUAUGGCAGCCGCUUUGGGUUUGCAUGCUGUCAAGUUCGAAUUUGCCAACCUGUGCCUGGUCUCCAUCGAUUACAUCUUUGAUCUCUUCUUUUAUCCAAUGGCAGCCAUCAUUGCACCAGCCUUUUUGCUUCAUAUUUUGACGUUCUUUUACAUUGCCAGGGUGGCUAUGAAGGAGAGCGCACAAUCCGAGGCAUCACAAUCGCACUCUGCCAAUUCUUUUGCCAGCAGAAACCAGCUCGCUGCAAGGAAGCACAAACACGUCAUACAAGCUGUCAAGAUCCAAUGGCGUGCAUUGCUAUUGGCUAUUGUAGCUUUGGUCACUGUACUCUUUUACUGGAUCUUUUACUUUACCCAAGUCAACAGGCUAUCUACCUUGGAAACGGAUAAUGAAACGAUCCUAACAUGGCUCGAAUGUAUGCUUGAUCCUGACAACACCCAAGACAAUUGUACGCACGUCGUGAGCAACCAUCUCCCACCCUUUGGAUUGAUGAUUACUGCCGAGACUCUCGUUGGCCUUGUUGGUUUAUGGUUGUUUUUGAUCUUUGGCAAACGAUCCAUUUGGCGAGAAUGGAAUGAUUGGAUUUAUGACAUGCGUGUCCGUGGUCGCAUGGAUAAGAAUGGCGAGCAAUUUUUUGCAUUGUGA